CCGAGGCAGGCCGGCGGGCAGGCUUGGCGUGUCCCUUCCGUCCGGCCCGCGCCGGCGGCGGGGAGGCGGCGCACGCGGCCCGCGGCCCGCCCAUGGAGGCUUUCCCCUGGGCGCCCCGCUCGCCCCGCCGCGGCCGCGUCCCCUCGCCCAUGGCGCUCGUGCCCAGCGCUCGCUACGUGAGCGCCCAGGGCCCGGCGCACCCGCAGCCCUUCAGCUCGUGGAACGACUACCUGGGGCUCGCCACGCUCAUCACCAAGGCGGUGGACGGCGAGCCGCGCUUCGGCUGCGCCCGCGGCGGGGACGGCGGCGGCGGCGGCGGCGACGGCUCCCCGCCCUCCUCUUCCUCCUCGUCGUGCUGCUCCCCCCACGCGGGGGCCGGGCCCGGGGCGCUGGGGCCCGCGCUGGGGCCGCCCGACUACGACGAGGACGACGACGACGACAGCGACGAGCCGGGAUCCCGGGGCCGCUACCUGGGGGGCGCGCUGGAGCUGCGCGCGCUGGAGCUGUGCGCGGACCCCGCCGAGGCCGGGCUGCUGGAGGAGCGUUUCGCCGAGCUGAGCCCGUUCGCCGGGCGCGCCGCCGCCGUGCUGCUGGGCUGCGCGCCCGCCGCCGCCGCCACCGCCGAAGUGGCGCCGCGCGAGGAGCGGGCCCCGGCGUGGACGGCCGAGCCCAGGCUGCACGCGGCCUCCGGGGCGGCCGCCGCGCGGCUGCUCAGACCCGAGCUGCAGGUGUGCGUGUUUUGCCGGAACAACAAGGAGGCGGUGGCGCUCUACACCACCCACAUCCUGAAGGGACCCGACGGGCGAGUGCUGUGCCCUGUGCUGCGCCGCUACACGUGCCCCCUGUGCGGCGCCAGCGGCGACAACGCGCACACCAUCAAGUACUGCCCGCUCUCCAAAGUGCCGCCGCCGCCUGCCGCCCGCCCGCCGCCGCGCAGCGCCAGGGACGGCCUGCCCGGGAAGAAGCUGCGCUGAGCGCCGGGACUCCGGUCGGCUGCUGCCACCUGACGCCACCGGGGUCGCCGCCUGCCCUCGUAUUUGACCUGCGCACCGUAUCGCUGCUGGGGAGCUUGGAGCUCAGCAGUUGGCGCAACUUGGCACGUCGUCUUGGUUUUCUCCAAAGGAAGCCGACGGUACUGAGUACUUUCCUGUCGAACAGCCGUUGAGACUAGACGCUAAAAUCUUGAUUUACUAGUUUGUGCUCAUUCGGACGGUGAAGGCUGGGUAUUCCACUAACUGAAAUGUGGCAACUUAAGAGGCGCUGUUUAUUUAUACGUCGACCUAUUUUAGAUGCGCAUCAGUAUGAAAUUGUCUGUCUAAUCUUGGAUGUUUAAUUUUAUGAGUGGAGGCACUUUACUAGGUCUAGAAUAUUUUUUUAAAAGCCUCAACUGAACUUAAAACUGGCGAUUUUAUGGAAUGUCAGCAAAAUGACUUUUAUUUGAAAUAAUAUUUCUGUUGUCCUUAAUCCAUUAUAACAAUUCCAGGCUAAGCAAGCCCCUGCCUGGUAGCAUCAAGUGAAGGCUUAGUAAACUUUCCAGUAUUAGUUUGGGUGGAUGUUCCCUCCUCGUGGCUUGUCUCUGUCCUAGCUGGAGGUGUAAAAAAAUGUACAAUCUAUAUGUAGCAGGUAGAAUACAGCUCCUUAUCCUUUUAUGUACCAGAUCUUAUUACUGAAAAAGCAACUAGCGUUUUCCAUCUCUAAAAUUCGUGCCAAGUUACAAUCAUAGUGUAUACACUUGAAAAUGGUGCUGUUUAAAAAAAACUUGUGUAUUUAUACAGUAUAUGAAUUCA